CUUAUCAUUCAGUGAUAGUAACUGUGAAAGUUUCAACAAGUUUUCUUUUUUAUCGAAAAUGCCACGUUUCUACGCUUUGACUGGCUUUAUGGUCUGCGCCAUUUUGGCUGUUAGUGUUGUGAGUGCCGGUAUUGUCAGGGAUGGCAGCAUCGAAAUAGCGCCGGAGAAAGUGCGUCAAAUAACGGUGGUCAAGGAUAUCAAUGAGUUCAAGAAAAAUCAUCCAGGCCUGUCCUUGGUCGCAUUGAAGAAGGUGAGUGGCCAGGCGAGAAGCGGCUCCACAGUCGAGUAUAAACUAGGCGGUCGUGUAGAAGGCGAUACUUUAGUCGCUCAGAUCGCCGAUGCUUUCAACUAUGAAGAUGCGAAGGAUGUGACGGUCCAAUUGACCUACCCACAAGCUGGCACCGGCAGCAUAGUCACCUAUGUGUUAAUCCGUUGCGAAGCGGACUCAACUGAGGGCAAUGCUUACGUAGUUGCCGGCGGUAUUGGCCAGCGUUUUAUUUCCAUUGUAUUGGAGUCUACCUCAACGAAAACGUUCUUCUACAAUGCGCAAUUCUAUGGCUCAAGUUAGACGAAUUUCAUAUAAACUUUUUUUAAGCGGAAACUUUGUACAAAUACAUGAAAGUAUUAAAAGAAUCAAAUUCUAAA